AUGCUCUACCCACUAUUGGUACUGCUGAACCUGCUGCUACUAGGACCCAUCAACUUUGUGGACUGUGGCAUCACAGAGGUUCACUUGGAUCGGUUCGAGCAGUUGAAUGGAUUUCACAUAGCAAACUUCUCCGCAGUUCGGGUACGCAAGUUCAACCGGACCACCGCCAUAAUGGACGGAGAAGGCGAACUCUUCAUAGAUCUAAACGAAAGGUACCAAUUUUCGCUGACCGUGUCGUACAGCACGCUAGGCAACAACCAGUGGAACGAGUACCCGAUGAAGGUCUCCAAAGACAACGUUUGCAAAAUAAUGAACGGAAUAUACAAGGACUACCAGUCGUACUUCGUGGAAAGCACAAAUAUGCCGCGUGUCGGGGACGAGUGGUUCUGUCCCUAUCCGAAGGGACGUUACUGGAUACGAAACUUUGUUCCCAGAGCGGACUGGGUACCGGAUGUGAUCCCCGCUGGCUAUUGGAGAUUUACGACUAUGUUGUUCGACCCCAGUGACGAUGUUUUGAUUAAGUGUCUCAUAUUCAUGAAGAUAAAGAAAGGGUAUUUCUAG